AUGGACCCUAUAGAAACUGAGCAUACCUCGGAUCGUACGGAACGAAGAAAUAUUAGAUUUGACUCUUUUCCUGGAUUUAAAGAAGCAUGGAAACACUCCCUCGUAGAACAUGCCUCAACUUUACACAAUGAAUUUCCAGAUUAUUACCUCUCUAACCCAGAGUGUCUAACAAGUACUACAACAGUAAAGUCUUUUCGUCUUGGUACUGGCGCAUCUAUAUUCUUGAAAUCGCUGCUUCCUGCAAUAGCUACGGCUAAACAUGAAGUUAUUCUUGUUACUUGUUUCUGGGCGCAAGGACCCACUCUGGACGCCUUGAGGGAAACGCUGGAAAAACUCGCUGAAUAUCGCCGCGAGCGCAUCCGUAGCGUUCGUUCAACUAGCCCAGAAGUAAAUGUGUUCUCUCCGUUGAAAAUACGAAUAUGUUUCUCGUCUAGAUCCCUUUUUCAAAAAUUAUUCCACCCAUUCUCUACGGAUGGGUAUGUGUACCCGCCCUCAACAUGGACGACGCGGUUAGGGUUACCGAGCCCGGAAGUUUUAGAGGCUGGACUCAUCGAUUUGCGCGUUAAAAGUUUGUUCUUCUUACCUUUUAGCGUGAUGCAUCCCAAAUUCCUUAUUAUCGACCGGGAGAGAGCCUGGUUUCCGAGCUGCAAUGUGAGUUGGGAGGCGUGGCUGGAAGGAUGUGUCGAAGUCAGCGGCGACGUUGUGACCACCAUGGUAGAGUUUUACCGACAUGUCUGGGAUAGGCAACUUGAGAAUCAUCUCAUGGGCGGACGCGGUUUAGAUUAUGAUCGUUCUCGGCUUUCAAUACUACUUGAGCCCAGCUUAACUUCAGCAUCCCGAAAUCAUGUUGGUACCCUCGAAGACUUUAUAUCGGACAUCGAGAUCCCAGCGAUACUUCUACCGUCAUCUCAUCACCGCAAUCCUAAGUUUGACUUAAUUCCAUGGCACGACCAUCCCCCGCCGCCGCCGACACCUCUUAAUACGGCCGUGCUACAACUCUUAGACAUGUCGGAACAUAUCAUCUAUAUUCAAACCCCAAACCUCACAUCUGCGAUCGUAAUUAAUAAACUUCUGGAGGCUCUAAAGCGGGGAGUCAAUGUUACUAUCGUAAGUAACGAGAGACUUAUGCUUUUAGAGCAAAUCGUUACAGCCGGGACUACGACAUCUCGCUGUCUUAAUUCACUAAUUAAGAGAUAUAAGAUACUAAAAGCGCAGCGUCCUAAAUCGAUGAGCAACGAGAGCCGCGCGAAUUCAGACCUGGGUGUUGACAUUGAAGCACAGCAACCUCAAUUGGGACUCUUGAAUGUCUAUUAUUAUCGUCCAGCCCCUAAAAACGAGACCGACGAAACAGCCGAAGAACCAGUACAAUCGCAUCUCAAACUAACCAUAAUAGACUAUCAAUAUGUUAUACUUGGGUCUGGAAACAUGGAUCGCGCAAGUUGGUUCACAAGCCAAGAGCUAGGUAUAUUAUUCCACUCCGAGGACUUCGCGACAGCAGUUUCCACGGCUAUUUUCAAAACUCUGAGUGGUAGGCGAGAAUCGGUUUUUCUCUCGGACGAGUUGAAAGAUUGA